AUUGGCUCCCGGCGGUUUCCUUGGGGACGUGGCGCCGCCACUGGCCCGGGCCUUCUUCCGGCUGGGUGAGAGGCCGGAGCAGCUGCUCUGUCCCGGAGCCUAGAGGUGCAGAGGGAGCCCGGCGAGCGGCUGGAGCCGGUCUCAUCUCGAGGGCACGCCGGGGGUAAGCCUGAAAUCCCACCAACUCUUUGCAUGCUGCAGAUUCAGGAGAUGCCUGGGCCAAGGAGACCACCUUCUCAGGGCAAAAGGAAAAGGAGGUGACAGGCAUUGAGACCGCUGAAGGUAACCCAUGGCUAGGAUCAGUUUUUCCUACCUCUGCCCAGCUUCUUGGUACUUCACUGUGCCCACAGUGAGCCCAUUCUCCCGUCAACGGGCCUUCCUGGCACUCUUCUUCAUAUCCUGCCUCCUGCUACUAAUGUUGAUUGUGGACUUUCGACACUGGGGUGCUUCGUUACCAAGAGAUAAGCAGUAUGAAAGGUAUCUGGCUCGAGUGGGGGACCUGGAGGCCACGGACACCGAAGACCCGAACCUCAGCUACGGGCUGGUUGUGGACUGUGGCAGCAGCGGCUCCCGGAUAUUUGUCUAUUUCUGGCCCAAACACAACGGGAACCCCCACGACCUCCUGGACAUCAAACAGAUGAGGGACCGCAACAGCCAACCGGUGGUGAAAAAGAUCAAGCCAGGCAUCUCUGCCAUGGCCGACACCCCCGAGCACGCCAGUGACUACCUGCGCCCGCUGCUGAGCUUCGCGGCGGCUCACGUGCCCGUGAGGAAGCACAAGGAGACGCCCCUGUACAUCCUGUGCACGGCGGGCAUGAGGCUGCUGCCCGAGAGCAAGCAGUUGGCUAUCCUGACUGAUCUCGUGAAAGAUUUACCUCUGGAGUUUGACUUCCUCUUUUCACAAUCUCAGGCGGAAGUGAUCUCUGGGAAGCAGGAAGGGGUUUAUGCGUGGAUUGGAAUCAACUUUGUUUUGGGAAGAUUCGACCAUGAGGAUGAAUCAGGUGCUGAAGCUCCCCAGGAGCUGACAUCGGGGCGCAAGAGGACUGUAGGGAUACUGGACAUGGGAGGAGCCUCCCUCCAGAUUGCUUACGAGGUUCCUCCCUCCACCACGCUCCUUCCUCCGAAGCAGGAAGAGGCUGCGAAGAUCUUGCUGGCCGAGUUCAACCUGGGCUGUGACGUGCAGCACACGGAACACGUGUAUCGGGUCUACGUCACCACCUUCUUGGGUUUUGGAGGCAACUAUGCUCGGCAGCGCUAUGAGGACCUGGUGCUGAAUGAAACGCUUCACAAGAACAGGCUGCUGGGCCAGAAAACGGGUCUGAGUCCCGACAACCCCUUCCUGGAUCCCUGCUUGCCCGUGGGCCUCACCGACGUGGUGCAGAGGAGCGACCGGGUCCUGCACAUCCGGGGCAAGGGCGACUGGGCCGCGUGCGGGGCGCAGCUGAGCCCCCUGCUCCUCCGCUCCAACACCAGCCAGGCCUCGCUCAACGGCAUCUACCAGUCGCCCAUCGACUUCAACAACAGCGAGUUCUACGGCUUCUCCGAGUUCUUCUACUGCACGGAGGACGUGCUGCGCAUUGGCGGGCGCUACCACGGGCCCACCUUUGCCAAGGCCGCUCAGGAUUACUGUGGCAUGGCAUGGCCAGUUCUGACGCAGAGAUUCAAGAACGGUCUCUUUUCAUCACACGCAGAUGAGCAUCGACUCAAAUAUCAGUGUUUCAAAUCGGCUUGGGUGUACCAAGUCCUUCAUGAAGGAUUCCAUUUUCCCUACGACUAUCCAAACCUGCGGACAGCCCAGCUGGUGUAUGACCGUGAGGUCCAGUGGACCCUAGGAGCCAUUCUCUACAAGACACGCUUCUUGCCACUCAGGGAUCUACGGCAAGAAGGGGUCCGGCAGGCCCACGGGAGCUGGCUCCGCCUCUCCUUUGUCUACAACCACUAUCUCUUCUUCGCCUGUAUCCUGGUGGUGCUGCUGGCCAUCAUCCUGUACCUCCUGCGGCUGCGCCGGAUCCACCACCGGCACACGCGCGCCUCAGCCCCGUUGGACCUGCUGUGGAUCGAAGAGAUGGUGCCCAUGAUGGGGGUACAGGUGGGCCCCUAAGGCGGAGCGUGGACUCCGGGAGCUCCAGGACCCCCAGGACCCCCAGGACCCCAGAGUUGCUGCUCGUUGAAAUUGAUCGCACCACCCCUUUCCUGUAACGGCUCAGAUGCUGCGCGUGCCUGGCGAAAACAAAUCGGGCAUAUUUGGCCUUAGAGCUUCCACUUCCGAAUCAACGCGUCUUCCAUCUCAGUUUCCACUCUCCCUCCUGAGAGAAGCUGUAAUUUCACCGGUGGAGGAUUAAACAAUGAGAGAUUGGUGCUAACGCAGGGGGACCAAUCUUAGUCCCGGGAAGCCUGCGGCCUCGGCUUUCUGUGGCAGAUCCGGUGUGUUCCUGGGAUCCUUCCCGGCAGUGGGCACACCGGAGGGCUGGUUGGGACCAAACCGGGAGCAUCUGAUAAAGACAUUUCUUGCAAGAGCAGCUGCCCCUCUUCUUCUCUGUAACAGAGAUACCAGUUCUGUGGACUUCCACAGCCUUUAACAGGGAUCUGAGCACUCUGCGGUUCCAUGGGACAGAUAAGAAUUGCCAGGCAACCAAAAUGAUACAGCUUUCUCGCUUACUUGACAAAGGAAGCCAUCCUGAGUGCGGCCCGGGAUCCCUGGCAUACAAGUUGCUGAUUACUUGUAUGUGAUUUUAAAAGGUUCAAACUUCUUGUGAAUCAAUGGUCCAUUGCGGAUUUUGACAUCGUCGCUGGUGCCUGGAAUGACCAAGAUGGGAAUUUUUUUCUUAUUUAUGUGCCUCACAGGCUGUCUGGGCAUUCAUUUUUCUUUCUGAGCCAUUAGCGUACUUGCCGGAUGGAGAAACUGAGAUGGGAUGGAUGAGCUGGAUCUGUCUGGUUUCAGGUCUCCGAGGCAUCUCUGCGAGCCCUUAUCUGGGAUGAUUCAAGGAGAGAUCCUUUAUGCUACUGCUAAGAUCAGUAUGUAGGUGGGACGGGGAUCGUUACUGUGGGGCUGUGGAUCAGAAAGAACAGUAACAGGACAGAGGACAUGGUAACAAAACCCAAGUUCUUAUUUAUUAAUGUUUUCCCGAGAAGUAGGAAACAUAUGGUCUCCAUAUGGUAUCAAAGGAAGCCAAAUCUACACUUUAAAAAGAAAUAUAGGGGCUGGAGGAAUAGCACAGCGGGUAAGGCGUUUGCCUUGCACUCGGGCGACCCGGGUUCGAUUCCCAGCAUCCCAUAUGGUCCCCUGAGCACCGUCAGGGGUGAUUCCUGAGUGCAGAGCCAGGAGUAACCCCUGUGCAUCGCCGGGUGUGACCCAAAAAGAAAAUAAAAUAAAAAAAUAAAAAGAAAUAUAGAUUCAUAAACCCUUUGGCAACUUUCAGAACCUUUGUAAAGAUAUGGCUUUGUUAAUAGCAUUUCCACAAAUGAGGAGUGAGAAGAGCCAAAAUAGUCCUGUUCCAUCCACCAGCCCUCAGGGGCUUUGUUCUCCUUUGUAUGGGAAUGGCCAUUUGCAGAUGGCUCUCUCUCUGUCUCUCUCUGUCUCUCUCCCUCUCUCUCCCUCUCUGCCUCUCUCUCUCUCUCUCUCUCUCUCUCUCUCUCUCUCUCUCUCUCUCUUUCUUUGGAGUCACACCUGGUAAUGCUCAGGGUUGCAUGGAAACUAUAUGGGAUGCUGGGGAUUGAACCCAGGUCAGCCGAGUGCAAGGCAAGUGCUAUACUAUCACUCCGGCCCCUGUUUCUCAUUUCUUUCAACUCGUACUCCUCCAUGGAGUCUUUCUGCUCUGCCUUUCCUUAUGGAGCCUUGAUGGCUCUGCUCAAGAAUACAUUCCCAGGGCUGGAGCAACUUGCUUCCUUUUUGUCACCUUACCCCCCUCCUUACAUCCCCCCUCGACCCCAGUUCAUGUUUUGUUUUUUGUUUUUGUUGCCUUUGAUUUAUAGGAUUAAGUGAAUAGGGAAAACUGUCCCUGACUCUAAAGGGGGCCGGGGGUAGCUGAAUUAAAAAUAAAGUCCAUACUGGGAGCAGAAAGGAAUUGAUGCCUCAUAAAACAGGAAGCAAAAAAAAAAACAAAAACAAAACCCCCAAAAAAACAACAAGCAAUCAAGACUCUCCAAUAAUAAGUGGGCUGGAAAUCAGUGGUUGGUGCCUGGGCCUGGCUGGCAGGUGAGAAGGUGAUGGACUUUGGUGAUUUUCAAUUUCAGAGUCUUUCUUUUUUUUCUUUUUGGGUCACACCCAGCAAUGCUCAGGGGUUACUCCUGGCAGUGUUGGGGGAGUGGGGGACCAUAUGGGAUGCCGGGAAUCGAACCCAGGUCUGCCGCGUGCAAGGCAAAUGCCCUACCCUCUGUAGUAUUGCUCAGGCCUCAAUUUCGGAGUCUUGGUUAGAAGUAUUUCUUACUUUUCAUCAGGACUUGCGUCAUAGCAACUUUUAAUUUUUAAGAUACUUACAUUGUCCCCCCCCCCCAUUUUUAACUUUUUGUGUCCCUGUAAAUGAGCCCUGUAAUCAGCACUACUCAUUGAUAACAUCAAAAUAUGUUUUUUGCUAAUCAUUGCCUACUCAGGAAACUUUUCUGGAAACCUCGGUUUCCAGAUACGUCACUUCCUGGCGAGAUCGAGAACAGGGUUUCUCAACCUUUGCCCAGCGCUGGCCCUCUUCCAGCCUCGUUUCCUUCCUGCGGGCUCUUGUCCUAGUCUGGUGCUGUGGUUGCCCCCAGCCCCCAUCCCAUCUACAGGAUUUCCCCCCCGGGAAUCAUCUUGGGGGUGCACAUGAAGCCAUAUGGCCCCAAUUGAGAAAGGGUAACCUAGAGAAUAACCCGGAGUUCGCUGAUUGGCUGGUCGUGAUCAUGUGGUAUGCCCCAACCGGAAUUGACGGGGAGGGGUGAUGACUGUUCAUUUGAAGCCCUUGUUAGAAAGUCAUUCUUCGUCUUGGUUAUAAUCCUAGCAACUACCGUUUGUUAAGCACUGUGUAUCAAACGGUCUUAAGAAUUUUAAGUGUCUUAUUUAAUCAUGAUGACAACCUUUCCGAUGGAUAAUACUGUGUUCUUUUUAUAGCUGAGAAAACUCAGGAUUCCCGUGUUCAUUAUUUUUCAAUAUAAGUGCAUUCCUUUUUCCUAAUAUAUUUUAAUUUGUGUGUUAUAUUGUUUCAGUAAUACUGUAUCUAAGCUUGUCUUUAGGUAAUAAAGACAAAUUCAUGGUAAAUGAAUAUGAUUUCUCAGAAUUCCAUGUUAUAAAAAUCAACUAUGUUUUGAUAAUGCUUCUUAGGAGAAAAAUAAUUUUUUUCCCUUUUUUUUCUGGGGGGGGCCAUACUCAGUGGUACUUGGGGUUACUCCUUGCAGUGUUUAGGGGCCCAUGUGGCAGAGAUGGAACCCAGGCCUUUUGAGUGCCAAGCAUAGUCUCAGCCCAUUGAGCUGUCUCUUUGGCCCAGAAAAACCUAAUUUUUGUUAUUCGUAUUGGUUUCUGCACUUCUUCCAUUUCUCCUAAAGAACAGAUUUUUUAGCGACAUUUCAUUUUAGGUGAAAUUUAGUGACAUUUCAUUAAAGACAUAUCAUUUAUUUCCUGUGAGAACCAGUCAUCUAUUGUUUUCUCAUAAUUAAACGUUCUUAACUCAUAGAAACCAGACCAUCUUGUGUUGCUUCGAAUCCUCUUUUAGGCCUCUGCUAAGGUGUUUUAAGAUGUCUGUGUACAUUCCUGCAUGGUGAGUGGUUCCUCUGUCAAGAUGAUUGUUUUCAUAAAAUUCACAUUCCACUGGUGCCUUUGAAUCCUCCCCACGCUGAUCGGAGCAACAGUGAACCCGCACUGUGUGAGCACUUUUGUUAUUCCUGAGACCCAUCACAGACUUUAUUCGUCAGUGCUGGCACAACCAUCACUUCCCUCAGAAUUCUUUUUCACUAGAAUGUCAAGAAACUAUGUGUCGCUGCCCACAUGCCAUUCCAGUCGCCGAGCUAGCUGCGCAGAGGGCUGACUUACACCAUCCUUCUCUCCUAAGAUUGAUUUUUCUCGGUCAAGGAAAUUUUACUCACAUUCCCCCCAACCUUCUGUUUCUUCUCCGGAUGUCAUCCAGACUAGCUGGGCUCUCCCCUCCUCGGCCUCAGACUUUCUUUUACUUCAAAGGCUUUAGACUGGAGGCGUGAAACGUGUCUGGUUGGAAGCCCGCCCUGCGCCUGUGACUUUCAUAUCCAUACUCAUGUCUCUGGAACAGAGCAGCCACCCCUCAUGACCGCUUCCUAGAAGCAGGUGCGCCUUUCCCACCACGUGCCCCUUUCCUCAGCCCCUCUUUUUCUUGGUUCUAUGUUUUGCUCAUUAUCAGGAGUGAAGGGCACCUAGGUGGACUUGACAAAAGCCGACGACGUGGCUUCUGUCCCUGCCCGUCAUUAACUAGCGCUGGUGGUCGAGCCAAGUCACUGAACCUCUCUGGCUCAUUUAUCAUCUAGCAAACCAGUUGCUUAGACAAGACAAGAUGAGGCCCCCGUAGCAAGGGAAUUAAUAGCAGGAGAGAUGGUAGAAAACCCCAUUUCAAGCCAGGGGGAUACGGCUUUUGCUUUAGACCAGACUGUGCAAGAGAGCCAGUAGUCGCCUGGUCUUCCCUGACAUUAAGGUUGAUGGGAAUCAAGCUUCCAGCCGCUGUCAUUCAUGAAUUUCAGAAAUUAGGACUUUGAUGGGGAGGGUUUCCAGAGCAUCAGCACCCUUGCUUUUGUGAAUGAUGAAACCGAGGCUGAGAGCGGUGCUGGUGAGCUGUACCACAGACAUACUCCCUGCUUGGACAGCUCCCGCGAAACCCUCCGGGAUGGGGUCCCACAGGAUGGUCUUUUAGAGCAGAGAGUACAGCGGGCAGGGUGCUAGCAUCCCUGGCACCUCAUGGGGGGUUCCCCCAAACCCCACUGGGAGGGAGCCCUGAGCACUGCCAGGUGUGUCCCCCAAAUGGAAAAACCAAAAGACUUUCAAUAAGAACCUACUCCCGCGUGACCCAGCCAGCCACAGCUGCCCAGUCUGCUGCUGUCCAUCUGUCACUGUUCUGCUCAUGUAUCGGUAUAAGAUGCCAAAGAAAUUCUGUUAGAAAUAGUACCAAGGUUUUCACUACCAUCUAUUUUCACUUAUCUUUUAAGACAUCGAAGAUUUUAGAUAUAUCUUUUAAACAAUUAACUUAAUUUUGUACAGUUUCCUUAGCCAGAAAUUGUAAUCCAUGGGAUGGAAACCAUCUAAAUCAUUAAGGUAUAAAUGCCCAUUAGAUCCAUCUCAGAAACUUGGUUGUGGUUCUUGGGUACUUUCCAGACUUCUGGAAACAGUGCUGGCGUAUCUUUUUUGUUCUCUUUGACUUUCUUUUCAUACCAGUUCAGAAGGAGUGUCUAAAUAAUUUCUCAUUUUUUUGCUGUGAAGUAACAAUUUAAAAUUCUCCCAAAUGAGUCUCUCAGAUGGCAGGAGUUUGAGAAUGCCAUCACAGAACCAUCUGCUUCUGCCAGGUUGAGGAUUUUGUUAGUGACAUGAGAAAUACUUGUUCUAGUGACUCCUUUUCAUGUCCUAAUAGACUCCCUUUGUAGCAUCACCCGAGUGUUCUCCUUUUGCGCUUGCAGUUCAAUAUUUCUCAGUUUUGGCAGCAUUUUUAUUAGAGGAGAGCGAUAGCACAGCAGGUAGGGCAUUUGCCUUGCAUGCGGCCGACCCAGAUUCGAUUCCUCCGUCCCUCUUGGAGAGCCCGGCAUGCUACUGAGAGUAUCCCGCCUGCACGGCAGAGCCUGGCAAGCUACCCAUGGCAUAUUCAAUAUGCCAAAAACAGUAACAAGUCUCACAAUGGAGACGUUACUGGUUCCUGCUUGAACAAAUCGAUGUACAAAGGGACGACAGUGUGAUUUUAUUAGUGGAGGAAAAAUACCUCCUCUCCAUUCUGCUUCUCAGAAGUAUGAGUCUUCGGAGACUUUUCUUUCUUUUUGGGUCACACCCAGCGAUGCACAGGGGUUACUCCUGGCUUUGCACUCAGGAAUUAGUCCUGGCGGUGCUCAGGGGACCAUAUGGUAUGCUGGGAAUCGAACCCGGGUUGGCUGUGUGCAAGGCAAACGCCCUACCCGCUGUGCUAUUGCUCCAGCCCCUUAGAGACCUUUUUUUUUUUCAGUAAAGCAAAAUUUUUUUAUUGAAAGGAAUUUAAUUAGAGAAAUAAACAGAAAGAGGACCUACAUUGUCAAGAGUGCAGGGCCUUCUCCAGAGUGCAUUAAUCCUUCGGAGAAUCUCUGUUUUGUAAAAACAAGCCAUCACCCAUUCUACAAGGGCUUUCUCCUUCUAAAAUAUAUUCAAUAAUUUCUUGCCAUUCUUAGAAAAACCAAAGUUGGAGUUUUGAAUCACAGGCUAUAUUCAGCCAUGCUUGUGCGUGUGCAUGUGUGUGUGUGUGUGUGUGUGCGUGUGCGUGUGUGUGUGUGUGUGUGAUCAUAGGCAACAAUGAAGCCUGUAUUCUCCUGUGCCUCUCCCUCUCUGGCAUCCCCUCUCAGUGACUCUCGUCCCUCUUCACACCCAGCUGACCCAGCAAUGUCCCUUUUCAGGCUGUCCUGCGGGGCUGGGCCCAUUACGGCUGCUCCUUUACUAGCUUAAAACUCUGCCUCUGCCAGCAAGGAUCCCAGACACACGCUUUGGUUGCUGAUGUGUCAGUGCGUUGUUGUCUGUGAGAUUCUCACUACCCAGUUCCCCAUUACCCGCAGCCUCAAGAUGUCUCGUCUUCGCCAUGAUUUCUGCCGUGAGCGGAGGACUCUGCGGCAGUGUGUGGGAGGCGUUUCACCGUCUAAUUUCCCCUGGGGAGCUGGGGAGUUGCUGAGGUUGUGUGUUUUUCUAGUGCCUCACGUUCAUUUUUGCUGAACAGUUUCCCCCAGAUCCUCACUGAUACUGUGGAUUCUGCUGAGCUAGACAGACAGUGCCCCCACAAAAAGGGACGAUAUUCCUUCAUGCAGGGACAUGGGCCCAUGUGUCACGCCAUUUGUGUCCUGUCGUUGCAAGCAACAGUAGUUAAUCAUAACCCCUGCCUCAAAGGACAGCGUUUGUCAAUCUAACUUAAAGGCUAAACACCCAGAUGGAGAGAGAGCUCGGUGGCCGGAUCACGUGCUUUGCAUGUAGGGGAUCCAGGUUUGAUCCUGAGCACUUGUAACACGGGUCCCCAGAACACUGUCAGGAGUAACUUCCAAUAGCCCCUGUGCACCACAGCUGUGACCCCCAAAUUAAACAAAGUAAAAUAAGAAAGACUC